AUAAAAUUAAGCAAUGUGUUUUUGAUGAAAAAGCACAUGUUGAAAUGUGUUUUUGAUGAAAAAGCACAUGUUGAUGAAAUAGUUUCUUUAUAUUACGAGACUGGAUCGUCGAGAACUGUUUUAUUUAUAGGUGAGAUUUUAUGAAUCUUACUUAUUAAAUAAAUAAAUAAAUAAAUAGGAUUCAGAUCCUAUCUAUUAGCAACUCCUCUAAGAACCGAUCAGGAUUGUGUUCUAAGGAUCUCGGCUGUUAUAUUACAUAUUUACCAUCCCGUCCACGUUGAAAUGACCCAUUUCAAGGGUCCUCGACUGUUUCGAUGGGCUGAAUGGUACGACUAUAAAAGCACUACAUUUUUGGAGCCGCCUUCACUCGUUCGACCACUGACCGCCCUAGAACGUGGUCGUCUCCGGCGAUCGGCACUCCAUCGCCCAUCUUCGCCUCUUCGAAGGCGACAUGGGCUCUAAUUCCUCAGAUCGGCCCUCCUCCUCGGUCUCCUCUUUCGCCUCUGCAGCUGCAUCUGGUGGCUCCCUGAAGAGGAGCAGAAACCGAACCCCACAAAAUCCCCUCCGCUCGACGACCAAGAGAAAAUCCCCUUUCGCCGACUUCGGAAGUUACAUGGCGGAAAAGAACCGGAAGCUGGGAGCUCAAUUUCGAGCGGAUGCCGCCUCCGUUUCGUCACUCGGCUCCGAUGGCGCUCCCGUCGAUUCCGAAGAAGACAAGGGCGUCUUUCGUGGGGUCUCCAUUUUCGUCGAUGGCUUUACCAUCCCAUCCAGUCAGGAACUGAGGGGGUACAUGCUGAGGCAUGGUGGGCGAUUUGAAAAUUACUUCUCGAGAGAUACAGUGACUCAUAUCAUAUGCAGCAAUUUACCCAAUAGUAAAAUGAGAAACCUUCGUGCGUUCAGCCAUGGGUUACCUGUCGUUAGACCUGAGUGGGUGCUGCACAGCCUGGCGGCCAAUAGACUCUUGAGUUGGGCUCCGUAUCAGCUUGUACAUGGUGCAUGCAAACAACAGAAACUCUCAACUUACUUUCGUCACCAGAGCAUUUCAACCAGCAGCGAUGCUAAAGGUUCUAUAAAUCAUGAUGAGGAAAUUAAGGUUGGUCAAAAUCACUCGGUGGUACCAACCGAUGGCCAAACAUCUGAAUGUGGAGGGAUAAGCAUUCAAGUUGGUGAUGUGGCAUGCUUGAAAAGUGAAGAAUUUUCUCAAGCAAGAGAUGCAAAUCAAGAACCCUCUGCUUCCGAUAUGGUACAUUCAACUCUUACAGAUCCCAAUUUUGUGGAGAACUACUUCAAGAAUUCCAGGCUGCAUUUUAUUGGGACAUGGAGAAACAGGUACCGACAGCGAUUUUCAAAAUUGCUUACUGGAGUUAAAAGCAGCAAUGAAAAUUUGAAGUGUCAUUCAACCAAACAGAAAACUGCAAUCAUACACAUCGAUAUGGACUGCUUUUUCGUUUCGGUGAUUAUAAGAAACUUCCCAGAUUUGGUUCAUAAGCCUGUAGCAGUGUGUCACUCUGACAACCCCAGAGGAACUGCUGAAAUAUCAUCUGCCAAUUAUGUGGCAAGAAAUUUUGGUGUUAAGGCUGGGAUUUUUGUCAGAGAUGCCAAAGUUUGCUGCCCUAAUCUUGUUAUAUUGCCUUAUGACUUUGAGGCUUAUCAAGAGGUGGCUGAGCAAUUCUACAACAUACUACAUAAACAUUGCAGCAAAGUUCAGGCAUUAAGCUGUGAUGAAGCAUUUUUAGAUGUGACAGAAUGUGAUGUUGAUCCUGAAGACAUAGCAUUGGCCAUUAGGAAGGAAAUUGCUGAGACUACACGUUGUACAGCCAGUGCAGGAAUUGCUGAGAAUUUGCUUCUUGCUCGUUUGGCUACUAGGUCUGCAAAACCUAAUGGUCAGCGAUUCCUUCCAUCUGAAAAGGUAGAAGACUACUUAAAUGAUCUUCCUGUCAUGGAACUUCCUGGCAUUGGGUAUGCUACACAUGAGAAGCUUAAGAAGAGGCAAAUUCAAACCUGUGGUCAAAUGCGCAUGACUCAAAAGGAAGGUCUGCAGAAGGACUUUGGUGAAAAAAUUGGUGACAUGCUGUGGAAUUAUUGUCGCGGAAUUGAUAAUCGAAAUGUUGGAGAAGUUCAGGAAGCAAAAUCUAUUGGUGCUGAAGUUAAUUGGGGAAUUAGGUUCAAUGAUAUGACAGAUUGUAAUCAUUUCCUCAUCAAUCUCUGCAAGGAGGUCUCAUUACGGCUUCAGGGAUGUGGAGUACAAGGUCGUACUGUUACAUUGAAGGUGAAAAAAAGAAAGCAAGGAGCAGCUGAGCCGUUAAAGUUCAUGGGCUGUGGGGACUGCCAAAAUAUGAGCCGGUCCAUUACGGUACCUAUUGCCAUAGAUAAUGAAGCUGCCCUUCUGAGAAUAGCGAAGAAAUUUUUGUCUUCUUUUCACAUUGAUGUCAAGGAAGUCCGAGGCAUUGGUUUGCAUUUAACAAAGCUUGAGAGUGCAAAAAUUACUAGGAAAGGUCGUGAGAAUAUAGCAGUAUGGCUCAGUUCUCCUAUGCAUGCAACGAGAAGCAAAUGCAAACAAAUUAGUCAGUCUGACAAACAAUGUGAUAAUGGAGAUUUUUUAUUUUCUAGUGGGCCACCAGAAUCAGGAGAUUUAGACAGUUCACAUAAGCUAGAUCAGGACAAGCCUACUCUGCUCUUUCAAGAUGCAGGAUCUAAUUGCUCUUCGAUUAAGGGUGCUGAUUGUGUCAGACCAAUUAGAUCAUCAGUAUUGCCUCCUUUACAAGAUCUUGAUAUAGAUGUGGUUAGGAAUCUUCCUACUGAAAUUAUAUUAGAAAUGGAUGUUCUUUACAAGGGGGAAUUAUCUGAUCUUAUCAGCAAGAGCAAAGGGAACAAUUGCUUGACCCAUGUAUGCUCCUCUACUGUAUCCUUGAUAGAUGCAAGCACUAACAGUGCUGACGCAGGCAUAUCUGAUGCACAUAUUGAUUCUGUGAAACUGGGUCUAGAUUCAAAAGACAAGGGGAAAAUGCCUAUCUGUGAGAAUGUGGAGAGUAUCAGCUAUGUAGAUCAAGUAACGAUGGAGCCUAAACUGUUUGAUUUAAUGCCUGCAUCUCUAAGCCAGGCAGAUGCUUCAGUUUUUGAACAGAUGCCUGAAGAUGUGAAAGCUGAUGUACAUGGCCUACUUCCACUUCACAGAGAAUUAAAGGUCUCUAAAGAUUUUUAUACUUGCUUCGACUUUCCAAGCUGUGUACAAUUUCCAGAUCCUCACUUGAAAACCCAUCUUUGGUCGGGUGAUCCACCAUGGUGGGUGGAGAAAUUUAAUACAAGCAAGAACAUUCUUCUGAACGUUAUUUCUAGGCAUGCCAAAUCCAGCAAAGAUAUUCGUCUUUCAUCUAUUUUGCAGUCUGUAGCUCCAUUCCUGUUGCCAGUUUGUGAAUUAAGCAAUGAAGUAUAUGCUGAAGCAAUCUGUUGGUUACAUGAGCUUCUUGCACAGUAUAUUGUUCUAAAAAUUGGGUCUGAUAUUGAGGAGAUUUAUAAUUGCUUUUGUUUUCUAAAACGGAUCUCACCAUCAUCAAAAAUUUUAUUGCUAGUAUACAAUAGUGCACUUCCUCUUUUCCAGGCUUUGGUGAACGAGAAUUACGGAGGGAAAUUGCGUCUGUCGGUUAUACAAACCACUGAUGAAUGAAAGCAUCUUUGCCAAUAUGGGCUACGAGCAUUCUUGCUUUUGCACUCGUUCGAUAAUGAAAUUUUGAUCUUGUACAUAGAGGACACAAAUGUAACUGUCGCUCGUAUAUCUAUGUAUAUGUGUGUGUAUUGUGCUUUAUAUGUUCAUACUUGAGAUUAACUUAUUUGCUAUUCUAUUAUGGCCAAAUACCCAAUUGCAGUCCCAAAUAAUAGAAAAUUCUCAGAGAUGGUUCCCUUCUGACAAGUCUAAAUCAGGAUUUGAUCACCUCCAUGAAUCCCAUCUGCCAUCACUUGAAAGCAUGAGCAUGAAUGAUGAAAACAAGAAGCCCGACCAGGAUUUGACGUGCCAGCAUUGGGAGCAGAUCGUCUACAAGAAGCAUAAGCAGAUGGACUCCAAUGGCGGAGCAGAUGAAGAUCUUGCAGGCCUUGUUUGAAGGCGGGAUGCGGAGUCCAAGUCCGUCGGAAAUCGAGGAGGUGACCGCGGAGCUGAGCAAGUAUGGGAGGAUAGAGGGGAAGAACGUCUUCUACUGGUUCCAAAACCACAAGGCCAGAGAGAGGCAGAGGCAGAAGUUGAACAAGAAACGCAGCUAUCAACAGGAUGGUGAUACCGGUGCUGAUCUCUCCAAUCUCAAUCUCAGGGAUACAAGUAGAUACAAACGCAAGUGUAAUAAGAGUUGGAAUUGCUUAGAGUUGAAGGAAGUUGGAGAUGAAUAUGAUGAUCAUGAGGAUCAAACUUUAGAGCUUUUUCCAUUGCAACCAGAGUUUAACUUCCGCAAGACAAGGUAAAAUUGUAAUUUAUCCUUUUUUUUGGUUUAUUUGUAUUUAACUUGUUUUUGAUCUCCUUUAAUCGUUUAGAACUUAUCUCUGUUUUUUCCCUUUAAACUGUAGUUUUUUU